AUGACCAGCUUAGCUACUGACCAUGCUGACCAUUGUCUGGAAUUGGAUCAAAUCACACAAAAACAGCGAAUGGCCUUCUCUUAUAGAAUAUCAGAACAAAGCACAAUUCCUGAGCACAUUUUGCAGAGCUCAUUUGAUCACUUAAUCUUUGCUAACUGGUCUGGAUUACAGACAGAAUCGAUACCAGAGGAAAUGAAACAGAUUGGUGAGCAACAGGGAAAUAAACCGCGCUGGGCUGCUCUUCUGAUACUGAUGGUGAUAAUACCCACGAUUGGUGGGAAUAUCCUGGUUAUUUUGGCUGUUUCGCUGGAGAAAAAGCUGCAAUAUGCUACCAAUUAUUUUCUAAUGUCCUUGGCGGUGGCUGAUUUGCUCGUUGGAUUGUUUGUGAUGCCGAUUGCCCUCGUGACAAUAAUGUUUGAGGCUAUGUGGCCCCUCCCACUUGUUCUCUGCCCUGCCUGGUUAUUUCUUGACGUUCUUUUUUCUACCGCAUCCAUCAUGCAUCUCUGUGCCAUUUCAGUGGAUCGUUACAUAGCCAUCAAAAAGCCAAUCCAGGCCAAUCAAUAUAACUCACGAGCUACAGCAUUCAUCAAGAUUACAGUGGUAUGGUUAAUUUCAAUAGGCAUUGCCAUUCCAGUCCCUAUUAAAGGCAUAGAAACUGAUGUGGCUAACCCAAGCAACAUUACCUGUGUGCUAACAAAGGACCGUUUUGGCAACUUCAUGCUCUUUGGCUCACUGGCUUCCUUCUUUACACCUCUGGCAAUCAUGAUUGUCACCUACUUUCUCACUAUUCAUGCUUUACAGAAGAAAGCUUACUUGGUGAAAAACAAGCCACCUCAUCGCCUAACAUGGCUGACUGUGUCUACAGUUUUCCAAAGGGAUGAAACACCUUGCUCAUCACCUGAAAAGGUAGCAAUGCUGGAUGGUACCCACAAGGACAAAACUCCGCCCAACUCAAAGAAUGAUCUACUUAUGCGAAGAAUGUCCACAGUUGGGAAAAAGUCAGUGCAGACCAUUUCCAAUGAACAAAGAGCCUCCAAGGUUCUAGGGAUUGUGUUUUUUCUCUUUUUGCUUAUGUGGUGCCCCUUUUUUAUUACAAAUAUAACUUUAGUUUUAUGUGAUUCCUGCAACCAGACUACUCUCCAAAUGCUCCUGGAGAUAUUUGUGUGGAUAGGCUAUGUUUCCUCAGGGGUGAAUCCUUUGGUCUACACCCUCUUCAACAAGACAUUUCGGAAUGCAUUUGGCCGAUAUAUCACCUGCAAUUACCGGGCCACAAAAUCCGUAAAAACUGUCAGAAAAUGCGCCAGCAAUAUCUACUUUCGAAAUCCAAUGGCAGAGAACUCUAAGUUUUUCAUGAAACACGGAAUGCGAAAUGGGGUUAAUCCUGCCAUGUACCAAAGCCCAAUGAGGCUCCACAGUUCAACCAUUCAGUCUUCAUCAAUCAUUCUACUAGAUACACUUCUCCUCACAGAAAAUGAAGGUGACAAAACUGAAGAGCAAGUCAGUUAUGUAUAG